GAAGAGCACAAUAUAAUCUGUAAAUAUCAAUCAGGCUUUCGCGCUAUACACUCAACUGUCACGGCUCUCCUUGAGGCCACGGACACUUGGGCGUACAAUAUUGACCGCGGUAAAAUCAACGCCGUUGUUUUCUUAGAUCUCAAAAAGGCCUUCGACACAGUUGACCAUGACAUCCUUUUAUCAAAAUUUAGCAAUUACGGCAUAUAUGGUAACGCGCACCAAUGGUUUAAGUCGUAUUUAGAGAAUCGUCCUCAAAUGUGCUCCAUCAACGGAUCGCUCUCUCAAAGCUGUUUAUUAAAUUGUGGUGUUCCCCAGGGGACGAUUUUAGGUCCAUUAUUAUUUCUGUUAUACAUCAACGAUCUUCCGAACUGUCUUUCAAAUUGUGAGCCGAGGAUGUACGCUGAUGACACCCACCUUACGUACGCAGGUGAUAAUGCAGACAAUAUUCAGUUGCAUCUAAAUCAAGAUUUAGAAAAUGUUCACAAUUGGGUGAGAGCAAACAAACUUACUCUAAAUAUGACUAAAACCGAAUUUAUGCUUAUCGGAUCUAGGCAGAGGCUAAGUACUCUCACAGAGUCCCCGACAUUUGCAAUUAAUGAUUUUGAAGUUAGCCAGGUCACUACUGCAAAAUCACUUGGAGUGACCAUCGAUGACAGACUUGAUUGGAGUGGCCAUAUCGAGAAAGUAACAAAGAAAGUCGCUUCUGGUAUUGGGGCCAUAAAACGAAUAAGGCACCUUGUCCCUCAGGCGACCUUACAACUAAUAUAUCAAGCUUUAAUACAGCCACACUUUGAUUAUUGCAACAUUGUUUGGGGAAACUGUGGGAUAACCUUACGGAAUAAGGUUCAAAAGGUUCAAAACAGUGCAUCCAUCCGUCCGUCCGUCCGUCCGUCCCAUCCAUCCCAUCCAUCCCAUCCAUCCCAUCCAUCCCAUCCAUCAUAGGUUAAUCAACCUCCAAAUAACGCUUGGAUUGUAUCUUCCCUUUCUUAUCGCACAUCUUAGCAAGGUGACCCUUUUUGUGACACUUGUAAGGUUGUACCAACCUGGCCCAGCACCCUUAUGGAGAAUGUUUUCCACCACAACCAAAAUAACUCACGGGGUUUCCAGUCGAAUGCCCUGAACUGGCAUAUCUGCCGACCUUAUUGACGGAAUCGUCCACUGGCUAACUCCAUGGAUUGUGCUGUUUCAAACGCUUUCUUAAAAUCAAGUCUCUCUCUGCCAACAGCUUCUUCUGAAUUUGCACGCUUUUCAAUCCACAAACGAGACGGUCCCGUAACGCUUCUUCCGAAAACGUUCCAAAUUCACACUUAAACGCCAGUCGCUUCAACUCAACUACAAACUGUGCGAACGUUUCACUCUCAUGCUGGUUCCGACGAUUAAAUUUAAAACGUUCUGCGAUUAAAAUAGGUUUAGGCGAGUAAUGUGAAACCUAAAGCUCUUUCAACUCAUUAAGAGGCUUGUCUUUCGGAAGUUCAGGGGCUAACAAAUUCCUCAGCACGCCAUAUGCAUCUGCCCCAGUUAACGCUAGAAACGUAGCAACCUCGUAAUCCGCUUCGACGUAAUUCGCCGCAAAAUACAAUUUUACUCGUUCAACAUAACUGGCAAUAUCUUCUUUCCCGUCGAUAUGUUCUCAAACUUGCCCCACGAACGCCACCCUCGUCGCCAAAUGUAAUAUUUAAGUCAUGAAACUACAGCAUGAAAACGAACCAUGUGCUAGUCCUUCAUUUUUAAUGUACUGCGCAAGUGCAAAAUACAAGCAGCCUGGAACCUAAUAUGUCACAACUUCUGAAUCGCUAGCAUGUGAACAGGCCUUUGGUGGAGCGGGGAACUGGGGAGAGGGAGAAGCGAAAAGGUCUGCCGAGACAAACAUUUGGGACCGCUGUGCAUCAGAUCCUAGUGCAAGCUCCUAUUGGCGACAAAACUGACUGUUGACAGGUCUGAUUGACAUCGUCUUUUUGUUUGGCACGUAGCACGCGAUUUGGUCACAAAGUAGCAAUAACGAAACUGUCCAAAGACUGUUAAGCUUAUUCAAAAGCUAUUACCAAGGGAGGAACUACGCGCUUCAGUCAAAAGACUCACACUGUCUUAAGAAAAACACUAAGCUGGAGUUUACCGAGUCACAAUGUAGUUCUCCAUAGUUGAUGCAUUUGGAUCUGUAAGUCAGUAUCCGUGAUAAUUUUUAAACAUUCUGCAAAGAAAACUAACGAGCUGGGGGUGGGUAGAAAACGAAGACCUAAGACCUAAGACCUAAAAACGAAGAUUUCAGUGACUCGAGAGUGGCGCUACUGUGGGCUGGUUUGUAAGUUUUUCCUAAUAAAUAACAUAGAGUUAAAGUGUUCGUUUGUCUGGUGCCGAAAAUAUCACAAGUCAUGAUCAAAUUGCGCCGCCGAGCUUCAAAUCUCAGUAGAUUUACUUUGUGGCACAACGACUGCCGAGCUACACAACUCGGUAAAUUUAAUGUGUGGCCUGCCAACGGCUGCCGAGCUACACAACUCAGUAGAUUUACUUUGUGACACAAAGGUAGCCGAACUAAACCCGGUUUGAUGCAUGCACCAGGAAUCGCACACAUUUUCCAAAGACAGUGACGAACCAUGCUGAAAAAUGCGAAGGCUUAAUCCAAAGUAAAAUUUAUCAGCAAACUUCUGAAAGAUGAACGCUUUGGAAGAUUCAGCAAACACAGAUCGAGGUACGCUUUACGAAGAUUAAUUCAGCAAACUUUUUAAAAGAUGAAUGCUUUACGAAGACAGAAAAUCAGACUUCAGCAAACCUUUGAAAGAUGAACGCCGAGGACACACGAAACGCCACGUGAGUUAGCGCGUCAAAGUGAGACAAAACGUAAGCAAGCACUUCAAAGUGGGGCAAAUGUGUGUCGACGACGACGAAAAUGCAAUCUCAAAAUAACCUCCUUUAUUAAUUGCACAGGACACCCAAUAAGGCACAGAACUACCAACACAAAUUAGGGGUUGCGUUCUCGUACCUCGAACGCAAUAAAUAGUACUGUGCAAACAUUCUGCCCAUGCCUUGAUUUGAAUGGGUACACCGGACGACUUCGUCCACACGUUUUGAAAUCCGAUCGACAAAUACUUUUGCCAUGGCAAGAAGAGUGUUUAUAACAUAGUGUUAAGAUUAGAUUUCAGGUAUCUUACGAGGGUCCCAGUGGAAUAUGGACCAAGAGCGAACUGGGGGUAUUGCGUGCAUAAUUAUUUACAGUAGUUUGCAGAUGUAGUUUUGUCAUGACUCAGUUUCCUGAUAGUUGUUCUGUCAAUUAACAAAGAUCAGUAUCUGGGCCGAGUUGUUCAACACUGGGUUAAGAUAACCCCGGGUUAGUGCGAGAUUUGAAUUCAGAUUUGAAAGCUUAAAAAGCAUUUCAGUUUUAAUUCUUUUUGUCUACAAGUUGAUUUUUGGAAGCUCUAAAAAUAAGGGAGAAAAUUAUCCGAGAAAAUGCUUUUGAACGUAAGAAAACGAAACCCGGGUUAAAUUUAACCCCGGGUUAAGCGCUAAUCGGCCUUCGAACAACUGGACCUGAACUUAAAAAGUAGAUUUGUAAAAAGAAGACGAUAUAAAAAUGACAAUUUUUUUGUUUUCUACUUUAAGAGCAGUAGAUUUUUCCCAUUAAACUUGCUCUAUAUUAAUUUCCGGUACUGAACAAGACUUACAAAGAUUAAAGAUUAUAGACUGAGUUAGCAAUGUAUUUAAGUUUGAAUUGCAACUGUUACAAAGUUAUUUGUAUUCUUUUUAUACCGUAGGUUUAUAGUGAAACUGUUGGGUGCUUAAAACACUGUGGUAGCGCUAGCACUAGUCAAAGCGCCAGAACCAGUCCGCAAAGCACAACCAGCCACAAAUAUAGAGCCAGUAAAGGAAUCGAUGAAAUGAAUCUUUGGGAAACAGCAAAAUUGAUGGACGUUCUUGGCGUAACGGGCGAAGGGGUGAAGACCCUAGGCGAGGCGAAGGAGCGAAUAAGAAAAGAGGUUCAACUGGCAGAAAAGACGCUCAAUGGCUGGUCAUCAAGAGAGGUACGAUGUUAAUCAGUAAAAUUUCAUAGCCGUAACGACUGAGUUUGACCGGGGUUCACUGUCUUUCAAAAAAGAGCGAUAUUUCGUGAUAAAAUGUACUUUUUCAUAGGAAAACCCCGUUCCAUAUGUUUCCCUUAUCUAAUCUAACACAAAAAAAGAAAAAACAAGUGCCUCCUUCGUCGAGGGACCUUGGCACUGAAUCGUACAUCAGUUAAGGGUCGUUGAGGCUGACAAUGGCAAGGCGUCAGUGUAUCUAAAUCCUCAAAAACUUAUUUAAUUAAUAACUUAUUGGCCAUAUAUGGUUAGGAAUUUUUGUUGUUUGUAAUUUAGUUAUUUGGAAAUAGUCGAUAUACCGUUUAAAAACAUGUAUGUAUGUAUGUAUGUAUGUAUGUAUGUACGUAUGUAUGUAUGCAUGUAUGCAUGUAUGCAUGUAUGGUUUUGUCACGUGGUCGCUAGAGUUUGAAAGCCAGCCACUCAAAUACAAAAUCCGAUUGAGCAUUCUUCGCUUUCGUAAGACUAGAAUCAGCCAUGCAUGUGCUAGUACAAACCUCGUCAAUUAACUAUUAAAACCUUGUAACAUACAGCUUUACUUUUUUAGGCCUUCUCCGUUUUAUCCGAAGCUAAAGAAGAAGAUGCCAGGAAAAGACGGCUCUUACUUGAUUUUUACACCAAAGCCGAAGCUUUUUUGGGUAGAAUGGAUGAACGGAUGAUAACUUUACUUCAAAAGCAUUCGGAUCAUGUGAAAGAGAAUAUGAAACUGCAUAUAAAGGAACUGAAAAAGACGGAGGACUUUCUUAUCGUAGCAGGUAAAUGAUAAACCUCCGAAAAAAAAAAAGAAAAAGAUAGGAUACGUAUCGAGAGAAAACUUGAAAGAAAAAAAAAUUCUGAGUACCACGGAGGGGAAUAUAACCAUGACCAUGCGUACACUGGCCGGAUGCUCUAUUUGUUCACUAAAGGUUCUUACAACACAGCUUAGUUUUAGUUCCAGCCUUUUGGGCUUUGAAUUAAUCCAAAACCUAUUGAUGAGGAUUACUAUUCAAAGAAGAAUAAAUAUCCACUGGAACGUUUUUGAAGCCUUCGAUAAACUCGUUACGCCUGAUUUUCGAAAAUCAAUAAGUAAGCAACGAGUACUGCUCGUUUAUUGAAGCAUUACAAUACAAAGAAUCUCGAUAUGGGAACUUGCCAAAGUGUUGCUCACUAGUCAAUUUUGCCUUCCUCUCAUUUGAAGAAGCUUAGGAAAGUGAUCGAUUGAACCACCUUUUUCUUAGAGUUCGGCUGGUAAUCUUCGGCCCGGGGUUCUUUCCACUUUGCCAGACCGACCAGUCAGAGAUCAGGGAAACUAACCAAUGGGAAAUGAAACGAAGUCACGUUGUUCGAUUAAAACAAAAUUUCCGACUGGACCGAAGCCUUCUACGUACGUUUCGACCGAAAUUUCGAUUACUUCACUGUAACAAGGGAGAAAAAAACGAGAAUUUUUAAAAAUGGAGGUCGAACCGGACGGACCUGUAUCCAGUUGAACCCUAAAUUAAAAGCAGGUUUCACCCGAGAAUUCUUGGACAUGUAUUUCAAUAAGGAGUCCGGGUUGUUAACCAUCUACAAAAAGUUUCCGCAAAAUUCGGUUGGAAAACAAACGGAACGGCUGAAAAGAUAGCAGUCCUGUUUUCCAGGCCGGAACGUCGAAAACGGAAGUUAUAUAGUGUUCCAUUCUUCGGAGCUCCUCAUAGUACCCGUUUUAGACCUCUGCGGCUGUUCUCCAUAAAAUGGGAUGGAUUUGUACAAUGGUAAACGCGAUUCCCAACAGAAUUUACUAGUCUUGAAUUUUGUUUACCAUUUGCCCAAGGCGUGAACCAUGUAAAGUGGGCAAACCAGAAAUAAACGGAUUUUCCAAUGGCAUGUACCCUUCGUUUUGGUUUAUUUACAGGUGAAACGUCAUCUGGUAAAAGCAGCUUGAUCAAUCUCAUUCUCGGAGAGGAGAUUCUACCUUACUCCCUUCUUAGCACAAGGUCCACCAUAUGUGAACUGAAGUUUGGAGAGGAACGCAGGCUGGUGGUGCACUUUAAAGACAAGGAUCCUGAAACAGGACUCCAAACUAAGGAAAUUUUACUUGAGCAGCCAACAGGAUCUGAUCAAAGCUUCCUCGAUCAGAUCUCCCCAUACAUUCACGUCAAGACUGACCGUGAAAAAGGCUCAAUUGUCAAAAAGGUCGAGCUCUUUUGGCCGCACAAAGUUUUGGAGGUAGAUCGAGCUCAUUUGGUCGCACAAUACUCUGUAGGUAGACUGAUAGCAGAGCUUCCGUGCGCACCAAGCACGCGCAGCGUAGCCCCAUUGCUAUACUAAUUGGAAACCUAUGGAUGACGUCAGCGUACGCCUGCCCGUGAAUACAGACAAAGGGGGAGGGAGAGGAGAGACGCUGUAAGGGAGGGGAAUUUAAUCACUUUAGAGGCAACCAAUAGAGUUGCUUGGGUAAAAAUUUUGAAGUUUCUUGUUUUUGUCUAUGGCAAAAACUAUAAAAAAUGAACUUUUAACGGUUUGCUUUUAGCUCGGUCACACUUUGGUCGCGCUCCAGGACUAGUCUAGUCUCAGUCUGGUCAAAAUUGUGACAACAGAAUUCAUGCGUAAAAACUUAUGCAGCUUCUAGAAAAUUGUUUACCGACAAAUGAAGCUUUUUUUUCGUUUUAGGUCUGUUUGCGAGAUAAUUUUUUUUUUCUUAAUAAUUCUUUGUUUACGUAUUUAAGGGAAUAUAUAGAAAAUGUUUCACGAGAAUUCUCAUUACUUAAGGUGAAUGAGUUAAAUUCUGAUAGCUCUGUUACCGAACAUUUCCGGUAAUUCUUUGUGGAAGAUAUAAUUAUCAAGAUUUGUUUUACAAAUUUUGUAAUAUUUUACAAAUUUUGGUUAUGAAUCAUAGGCAGGCUUAGUAAUCAUCGACAGCCCUGGUGUCGGAGAAUCUGAAGAGAUGGACGACAUGGUAAUCCAGUAUCUGCCUGAAGUCUUUGCUUUUAUGUAUGUCAUUAACAGUUCAAACGCUGGUGGUAUUCAAAAAGACAGGGUGAGUAUCUUGAUCGAUUUCGCUCGAUUGUACGCAUCCGUUAAGUACAGACGUUGGUGAGGGGAGGGGAGGCUUCCCACACGCCCCCGCACUCCAUUCCAUGUAAUUAGAAUUUACCUUUUGAGCGUCAGAUUUCACUUGUAGUUCACGUACUUUUGAUGACGUUUGAUACUUUUGAUACCCACGUACGUAUCAUACCAUCCUAGGAGACCCAGGGGCAGAUAGUUGCUAUUUCAAGUUCACGUUGAUUUAUUUAUUUUUCUUCCCUUUUCCUGUUUGAAAUUCGGAUAGUUUUAUUCUCUGGAACAUGGAGUUUCAACAAGCGCGAGGAAAUUUUCUCUGCAGUUGAAAGAAUGUUUUUGCCGGGUGGAUUUAAACUUGAAAAAGAUGAAACUAAUGAUACGCACACUUAUAAUUCAUGACACGGCAAUGUGCUUACAUUCUCGUCUCGACCGAAAUUUGCCUACAUCACCGGUUUUAUCUCUUUCGAAGUUUAGGUCCAGUGCUGAGGGGGGAAUUUCCUCUAUAGGCACUUACACUCCUCGUUCCUGCAGUUCUCAGAGUUCUGCCAUGCUCUUGGCGUUAAAAUCGCUCUUAUUCUUCUGCUUAGACAUUUCCACAACGGAACUAUUCGAGUUUCAAACAGCGAAAGGAAUGGAAAAUAUAUAAAUAAACGGGAACAUGAAACGGCGACUCCUACUUCUCAAUUCGUACAAGUACAGUAUGUGGGAGAGAGCGGAUGGGGCUUGUUUACAUCAAAGGUCAUCAAAAGUCACGUGAAACUACACGUAAAAUAAGACGCACAGAAGGUGAAUAUUCUUCGUUAGUUCUACUUAGAACUAUAUGACUAUUUUUCUGUGAGAAAGUGCAAAUAUAUUUUCUAGCCUCAGACUGAGCAAGUUUUGUAAAUAGCAUUAGGAAUACCCAGUUAGUUUGAUAUGUUGAGAUUGUACAAAAUUUCCUCAAUUAAAGACGGUAAUGGCUAAAGCCCAAUCAAGAAAAAGAUAAACGGCAAGAUUUAAGGCGUGGCAAUAUAAAAUGGAAGACGUUUCGUUUCCGGGUAGUUAUUUUGAUAGUGGUACCGUUUUUGACCGACUAAAGUAAUGAUGCUCUGCUGUUCAAAAAUGAGCGAAUUUUCUGAUAUGGCAAAAUACAUGGAGAAUGCGCCAUAGAGCUGUAAAGUGAGGUAGUUUUCCGAUGAGCAUUUGCUACAAAUGUUUGUCAGGACAAGGUAGAUUUAAUGCAAUAACGAAAACCUUGCCAUCAGCUAUAGAGGCUGACGAAAACAUGUUCACAUAAUGUUUGCCUUACAGCUUGAAAAACUACUGCAAAGAGCGAGAAGCGUGUUAAUCGGGGUUCCAAAGGAAGGAAAAGAACAAGGCGGAAUAUCGCUUGACAUACUGGAAGAUUUGUUAUCCAUAUGCACUUUGUUUGUGUGCAACAAGUGGGAUGCAGUUCAAGAGCAAGAAGUUCAGUUGGUCAAGAAUGAUGUUGUAAAAAAACUGAAAAGAGCCUGGUCCGGCAUUGAUCCCGAAUCACAAAUUAUCUACAUGUCAACCACAAGAGCUACUACCGCUCAAAACCUUGGUGUUAUCUCCAAAGACCUUUUCUCUUUAAUGGAUGGAAUGAGGUCGGUCAUCUUACAGAACAUUGAAGCUAAGUUGGAACUUCAUUGGAAGUAAGCGUUAAUCUGGACUUCAAAUACAUUUACUCCUUGUUGUAACUUUCUAGUUCGAGUAACCUGAUGCCGGAGUCUUUCCAUUUUUCUUUUCUUUAAUAAUGAUUGAUGAUCUGAAUGCAAGAGGGGCAGCUAUGUGGAAAUAUGUAGAUGGUAAUACAAUUUCUGGGGUGGUAUGUAAAGGUCAAGAGAGCUGAACAUUCUGCAAGUGGUAGACGAUCUCGUAAGGCAAGCAAGGAAUGUCGGAUUUCAGUUAAAUGAAAGGAAAUGCAAAGAUCUCAGGAUUAGCUUUGCAAGGAACGAGCCAGUUUUUCAACCUAUCUGCGUAAAUAACGGUCCGCAGACCCUAGAGACCGUGAACAGUGUGAAAUUGCUAGGACUUACUAUUAACAGUGAUAUAAAGUGGAAUUUGCAGGUGUCGCGGCCUACUUUGGGACGUUAAGUCGCUUUAAGUUAGGGCGACUUAAGGUCCCACAGUAGGCCUGUUAGAAAGGUCUCAACAAGAUUAUAUUUUCGAAGACAACUAAGAAAUCCCAUCCUGAAAUCCUGAGAGAAAAGUGUUAAAAAUCAUGAGACAAAAUUGAUAAUCGUCCAGGGAUGUUCGACCACAAACAUGCAAACAAAAUACAUUUCUACCUCUUGUUCAUUCUUCCAAGGCGAGACGAAGUCAGCCGGACUAAAUACAGGGCGAAGACUACGAUGUUAGAACUGAUAUGCGUGUUGGGGGUGUCGAAGCGCAUAAAAGGGAGAAACAUCGCAUCGUUUUAUUUGUAAUAAAUUAUAAUACAGUCGACUCCCGAUAACUCGAACCCUCGCUAACUCGAACCUCGCGCUAACUCGAACCAAAAUCGAUUUCCCCUGGAUUUCCGUCAUACAUUCACUGUAAUUUUACCCUCGGUAACUCGAACCCUCGAUAACUCGAACUCCCGGUAACUCGAACCAAUUUUCGUUUCCCUUCAGGUCAUUUUCUAUAUAAUUUUACCCUUGAUAACUCGAAUCAUGUUUUGAGCCCUUAAAAAGUCGGGAAAAAAGUCAUCUACUGGCGUCCGAAACAUUGAAUUUUGGAUUUCCUAUUGACGUGUUGUAGGAGUGUAGUUUACUAGUGGAGGCUAAUGUUGAUUGUCACAGGCUAACGUGAAGCAGCUUUUCUUCUCAAAACAGUAAAACGCAUGCUCUAUUUAGGCUAUGUUUCGUUACGUUAUGUUCUGAUUUAUAAUCUAAAAGUAUCUUUUAAUUUUCACUUGACAUUUCUACUAUUAAAUGUGAUUAAAAUGUUCACUGUGCAGUAAAAACUGUUUUUUACCUUUCUCUCGGUUAUUUUCUUCGAACUCCCGAUAACUCGAACCUUUUUCCAUUUCCCUUGAAGGUUCGAGUUAUCGGGAGUCGACUGUAUAUGCAAUGUUAAUUAAUUAAGUAGUCCACAAUUCAUUGAAAAUUCGAGUCGACAAGUUUCAGUUUCGGGAGUAGCUCAACAGAGUAGGAGGGAGCCUGACACUAAAAUCAGUGUUAGUUAAUUUGAAAUACUUUAAAAGGAUAGGGUGCUAAGUAAUAUCACUGCACGAAAUAUCGCUUUUGCCAAUAACCUUUUCCGCCGGGUCUCAGGAGGUUAAAAGGCUGUUUUUACUGAUGCCUUUCAUUUAUUUUCCAAGUUGGUUAACACAGCGCCCUUCCCUUUCCUCAAAGGUGCGAUUUUUUUCUUUACGAUUACUUCUUAGCAGAAACAAAUAAACGUGCUUUUUUUGUUUCAGUUGGCUUUACACACUUCUUUCAAGGAUUGUCGUUCAGGAAAAAAUGUUUGUGGUAAAUGCUUACAGAAGCAACGAGGAAAUUAACCAGAAAAUGAAGGAGAUUAAUCAACGCUUGGAGGCAAUUGGAAAAGAUCAAAAGAAAGUGAUAAAGAAUCUGCACGGAUCUUACAACGAAAAAGUUAAUGGUGUUGUGCAGCAACUCUGCGAAUACCUCUCUUCAGAAGAAGUAAUUGAGCAGUUUACAUCACAGUCGUGGGACAAGUUUCCAUAUCUAGAUGACCUAGCUGGCUGGAAAGGAGCGGAAGAGGAAAUCACCACCGUACUGUCUAGCCAGUUUCAAGAGAUUGUAAAGCGAUGGGAGGAAGAAAACCAGGUGUUUGCAAAUGCUCGCCUUUUUCUCAUGUCAAUGUUUGAGAAUUGCUACGACGGUGUUGAAUUUGAGCUGCAAAAUCUCCGAAGCGAUGCCACGGGUGUUCACGGAGGCCUUGGCAUUUCAGAAAAGAAAACCUUUAGAUUUCACUUUUCUAUCGCUCGAAAGGCGUUCAUGAACAUGAGGAGAGUUACCGUCGGGGCGCUUCUCUUCAUCGCAGACAAGAUCGAUGAAGUGUUCGAUUCUGAGUUGGGUUACUCUGUGGAAGAUUUUUUUGAAUUUGACGAGGAAAGUUUUAUGAAAAAAGCUUCCAUGAAUUUCCUCGCUAAAAGAAGAAAGAACAAGGAGCUUAGAAGGUUUGUGGAAGACAAAUUAAGAGAGGCUAAGCUCUAUCUUGAUCACAUUGAAGAAUGUCUUCCAGAACUGAUAGAGGCGGACAGAGAACUAUAUAAACAACUCUCACUUAAACUUUUGGAGGAAACUCGUUCUAAGAAAGAAACAAAAGCUCGCUACCAGCCAAUAUUUGUUGAUGGGUCACAACUAAGAGAUCAGCUAGCACUAUUUGGCAUAACAGAUGUUUGUGUAGUCAAAAUAGACCGAGAAGAAUUAGACUGGAAAGAAGAAAUGUCAUCCCACCUUGGCGGUGGAGCAUUUGCUGCAGUUUACAAAGGAACAAUGAGAAGAAGGGAAGAGGUUACGACUGUGGCUUUGAAGGUGUUCAGUGGGGAGCUUAAUGCCGAUAAUGCCAGCGAAAUCAUGCAGGAGAUGAAAAUUUUGAGGCAGGUUGAAAUGUUUCGUUUUGUUUUUUUACGUCCCUAAUCGUUCUUGUAGGUCGCACAGAGUCAGAUUAGUGUGUUGUGAAGCGGACCCCGAUUAUAGAUGACUAAAACGUCUAACUACAAAGCAAAGGCAUUAUAUUCUCCUCAGUUACUUUAAACCCCACGUGUUGCCUGGCUGGGAAUCGACCUCAGACCUAUACUGCUUGCUUUGAGGGUACGAAUUAUGUAAAAACGUCUCUAAUACCUCGAAUAUUAUAUACUUUAUAUGGUAUGGCACUUGGCAACACUUCAAAGAAAAAAGAGAAAUAGAAAUUUCGAAGCUUAAUUACAAUACUUAUUACAACUGUCAUGAAUAGUGACAGGAGGUGGAGAAUUGCUUUCUGUACUGUGCUUCUUGUAGAAUUUACAUAUGAAACACGAGAGGCAGUGUUUCAUCACGUCAACACCGGGAAAAGAGGUUAUAAACUUUACGACGUCCAGUGAAGUAAUAUAUGUUUGAGACACUUUUGGAAUGUUGAUAUAACUUUUCAACUAAGGAAACGUUUCCGUAGGAGACGUCAAGCUGACUGCAAGAACAAGAAGUUUCUCAUCAGAGUAAAUCACGUCAAUAUAACCAGCAUGAUUUCCUUUGAGUUAUUAUCCAUGAGUUGAGAGAAUAGAUUGAGAUAUAAAUCAUAUUUGUACUGCAUUUGAAUUCCUAUGUUUUUUGAAAGGCUGACAAAGUUGAAAAAAUGAUAGUGAUACUCAUUAUGCAACCUUUAUGUUUUUCAACUAUGUAAAGAAAUCAUUUGGAAACCUUAAAAAAGCUCAUCAGAGCUUGCUGUGUUUCCCUUUGCCUUAACCGUAUAUAUUUUUUGUAAUAACAAGAUUAUGUAGAAUGUAUACAGGUUGGCAAUAAAACGUACCUAUGUAUUAUUGAAAACACAGUUGAAGAACCAGUGAGAUUAAUAAUUCCACCUAUAUUUCUUCUGUUCACCAGAAAGCUUAACCACCCUCACAUCGUUCAGUUUUAUGGCAUAUCUCUUGUUCCGAGCACCUCGAGAAUGAUUUUUGUCAUGGAGAAGUGCAAAGGUAACUUAAAGAACUACAUCUUCAGAGAACUACAGUCUGCUGCUGGUAGAUCUGAAAAUCCUACUAUCGUCGGAGACUUAUGCCGUUACGCAAAACAGAUAACCGAUGGUUUGGCUUUCAUUCAUGCAAUGAAGGUGGUGCACGGGGACCUAACCCUGGAAAAUAUCUUGGUAUGGAGCUAGAAUAUUUUAUCAGGAUAGUAAAUAUAAUGUUGUUUGUUUAUGUGUGCAAAUUGAAGUGGGGCAGGGUAAUCUUAGGAUGACGUCUUCUUCCUGAAUGUAAUGUCAAAACGUCGGGCAUAGUGAGAAUCCUAAUGUCUCAAAUUUCAGCUGGGGCUGUUUUUUUUUUAAUUUACUUUUUUUUAUUGCACUUUAUUGACAAUAACAAUGGUAACAAGAAAAAAAGUGCAACGGAAAAAAGAGGUUAAGACAAAGAAAACACAACAACAACAAAACUAAUGUUACAGUACUGCAAUUUACGAGUUGUAACAUGUCAUUUGUUCGAUUAAGGCUGGUGUUACACAUAACAGAAAAUAACAGAAAAUUAAAAAGCUGCAUAAAGAAAUUUUCCGCUUCUGCAAAUAAACUGGUGACCGAUAUCAAGGUAUUAGGAAAGUGGGCUGUGAAGUUAGUCUGUCGAGUAACACUUGAUUUUUGGGUGAUCUGACUUUUGCGAUUUGCUCGGUUUUUCCACGAUUUAGCAGGAAAAGUGUUACCGGAAAAAAAUAACAACGCAAGUACAAAGCGGACAUGGAUCUCAAUUAAUUACCUGAAAUGUAUGUUGAGUUUGUUUUACUGGGUUGGUCGGAACGUUGAUUGUGGGAAAAAGCGACUCAGAAGAUGGGGCAUGAAUGUGAACUUGCCGUAAUAAGAGCAAUCAACCGCACAGGGACAAGCAGUUUGAAUGGAAAUGAACGCGAACAUCCAUUCCCAGUGAGAAAACCAUUAAGACUGGAGGAAUCGCAAAAAUACCAAAACUGAUUUUAAAAAGAGACAAUGAAUCCUCGAAAAAGUUAAACUAUAUCAGUGAGUUUGAGUCUGAUUUAACGUACGUUUCGUAUUAAACACCUCUCUCCCACCAAAAUGAGUAUUCGGGAACCAGUUUUGGUGAAGUGUGAGGAUGGGCGAUACCUGGAGGUUAAGUUAAGGGACAUUUUCGAGGAAAAGAGACCAGUAAAUCCUACAGUUUACUGUUCUCCAGCCAUGCAGCACGGAAGUUAUUAUUUUUUUGUAAUUUAUGAGCUUUAAUUAAUAUUUUCACACUUAAAUAGUGAAUACAAAACAAAAACACUGCAAAACGUUAACAAGUUACUUAAAAAAAAAACACUACAAAAACAUAUCCAUAUGCAAGGGAGUUAUUAGAAAAUAUACAUUUAUAUACCUACUUAUGGCCUUGACUCCAACGAGUGUCCUGUAGCUCAAUGGUAGAGUGUCUGGAUUAGUAACCAGACUGUCAUAGGUUGGACCCCUAAUACAAUUACGUGGUUAUUACGCUCUUGUCAUAACAUAAUAUAUUGUCCCAUUAAAGUUGUCCGAAGAAAACACGGUAAAGAUUGCUGGCAUGGGCCAGGCCAAAGCAGAAAUAGACAUCACCGGCACUCUUGCAGGAACACCUGCUUAUAUGGCACCUGAAGUGUUUCAUUCCCGAGUGUACGACUCCAAGGUAGACAUCUACAGCCUGGGGCUGUUAAUGUGGGAGAUGUGGUACAGACAGCGGGUCUUUGCUGACGUUCCAUUAACAACAUUGCAAGGUUUCUUUGAGUGGGUGGAUGAAGGUAACCGUCCAGUUGACAGACAGGGUUGCAAGACGCCUCCAUCCUUCUGGGAACAGCUGAUGAAACAGUGCUGGGACGGGAAUCCAGACAAACGCCCCACAGCCAAAGAAUGUAACGAAAGAAUAGUCAGUUCUGUAAGAUCUGAAACUUAUGUUAUAAUAUAGAAUAAGUAGUAACUAGCAUAUGUCACAGCUUUGUGACAAAAUUCCAGAUGUGUCAGAAAAAGGAUUCAAAAAUUAGAGGCUUCUCUGUUUGUCACUCUCAAAAGAGGCAGGCAAUCAUAAACCAAAUAGAAAUUUGAUCAAAAUGAAUUUUGAUCAGAUCUUUGAUAAUCCACUAGAAAAAACAGACACAAACAAAUAAAACAAGGAUACUUAGUUAGUGAGGGAAAAUUUAUGUUUAUGCCGAAAGCCUUCAAUUUUCCAAAAAGUUAACUACCAAGAAAAAAGUUAUAGAAUAUGCAGAUGUUAACUUGUCGUAGUUGUAACGCUGUGAGUUGACUUGACUUUUGUAUCAUCAUGGGGAUUACCGUGUAGCACGAAAUUUUUGCGGGAGUUUAUUUUUGCAGAUUGGCGAUUUCUUGUGUUUUGCGGGAACUGAUUUUUGCGAUUUUCAGAAAGUACCCAGUACCAGCAUUGAUAAUAUUUUCGUUUUUAUUGAGUACGUGAAAUAGAAAUACAUAUUUUCAAACAAUAAACCAGUAUUUCAUUGUAUACCAUUUUGUUUCUGAAUGGAACAAUGCGGGGCAAGCAUUCCCGCGGUAAAUUGUCAUAGUUUAGUGUUUAUCUUUUUGUUAAUUUUUUUUUUAAGUUGUUUUUUUAUGUUUCUUUUUCUUUUAGAAAAAUGCAAAAAAAUUAAAUGCAAAAAUUGGCCUGAUCGCAUAAAAUUGUACCGUUUUGGUAGCUUGUCCAAGGGAUUAAAAGCUAAAGUGACAAUCAAUUAAGAGUUAAACUGUUUUGUACACAAAAGCGUUUAAAUAGUCUAAGGUAGUCUAAGGAUAAGGUUCUAUGUUUCCAUAAUGUGGUGUUUCAUUGGAAAUUCAUGACCCAUGAAAGUAGUCCAAUUUAAUUCAUGGGCCAUGAAACACCUUUAACUUUGUUUUCCACGAAAAUUUAAUGGCCACAGAUGAGGUCAUGAAAAAUUAUUUUGCAAGAUUCAUUGGCCAUGAAAUGAUGUUCAUGGUAUUUUCAAGUGAUUUUCAUGGGAUUUUCACAAAUCUCAGUUUCAUAGUGUAGGUAUUUACAAAGGGUUCCUGUGAAACAUGGACCUAAAGCGAACUGCGUAGCCUGUAUAUUUAUAGUUUUUCUCUUGUCUUUUUCCUGAUUGUUGUUCAGUAACAAAAGAUAAGUAGCAAAGACAAUUUAAAAAGUAGGAAAGUAAAAAGUAGAUGAGUUUUAAAAAAAGAUGAACAGGAGAGUAAAUGGUCUCCUGUGAUGAAUCAUUUGUUUCCUAUUUUUAGAGCAAUAGACUGCAUUGCAAUCAAACUAGCUCUACAUUGAUUUUGGUAAUUUGCAAAGACUGAGUAGCGAGGCAUUAAAUUUUGAAUGGA